UCCCCGUGACACCCCAAACCCUGAAAUUACUGUAAUCAGAUCCAGCAAAAGGCAGUGCAACAGAGGUAUAUAAAACCUGCCCUGGACACAGCUGCUCUCUUGUAGGCUGCAAAGGCAUAACGACGAUGAAGGCUUCCCUUCUUGCCCUGCUGGCUGCAGUCCUGUGUGUGGAUCUAGGUUACUCCUUACAUUGCUAUGUCUGCAAUGAAGAGCCCUCCAACUGGAAUUGUAUGUCCUCAAAGGCGUGCGCAUCGCAUGAAAAAUACUGCAUGACCACCUUUGUCUCUGGAGGACUCGGUAAUGAAAAAAGUUUCCGCAUCAGCAAGAAAUGUGCUGCAGAUUGCUCCCAAACAAACGUGAACUUCGGCGUCACAGCCGUUUCAACCAACUGCUGUGGUACGUGGCUGUGCAACUUCAGUGGAGCUAGCAGCGUGAAAACCAGCUUUGCUGUGAUGGCAUUUGGGGUCUUGGCCAGCUUCCUCUGUGUCCUUCGAGUUGGGCUGUGAUGGAGCGUGGCAAGAAAAAGGAUUUGGCUUCCUCUAGAACUUGCAUGGGCUUUUCCCUGGGGGACACCAAGAUGCUGUCGGGUGCAAAAGUUUCCAUCGAGAUCAGCAGGGCCCCAGUUCCUCCAGGCAGCAUUGCAGAUCCCAGGCUGUUUCGCGCUCACUCUGUGUACCGCGGUCUUCUCUGCUAGAGGCAGGAUUUGUGAGAUGUGGGUCACCGUGUUGCCCUUCCUUUGUGGGGAGGAUAAGUACCUGAAAGAAUAGCUUGUGCUGUGGUGUGGGAUCGGGGGACUGGGAAAGUAGCUAAGAGAGGUCUCCACGUCUCCACGUCUUUCAUUGCAUGCACGUGUUGGGGACCUGGGGUGUUCAGAGAGUAGUGUUGCCCUAAACCAGCUCAGAGGAAAGGCACCGUCUUGUCGAAAGCACUGUCAUUGCUAUCAUUUGGUCCUGCCUCUACCCCAAGCCCUUUCUAAUUCCCCAGCUCCUCUCGAUCUCUUCCUACAACAUGCCCACCGCCAUCUCAAGAACCACCUUCCCUGCACCUCUUGUGCCUGAAACGUGCCUCGAACCUUGGCUGUGGUGGACAUCUGUCACCGAUGCUCCAGUCGGCACGCCGGCACCUACCUCCCACCCCCUGGUGUUUGUGCCUGAAAGCUUGCAUGUGACUUCUGCCGUGUGACUUGUGUGUGAUUUCUCUCUGGAGAAGCUCUUCCUAAUAAAAUUUGUCUGAGUGG